ACAGGAGUUUGAACACAUGCGUGGGGAAGACUUUCUCCAAAUGGAUCUUUAAUAGUUUCCAGUUUCGCGUUCAUAAACUUUCUUUUACAAAAGGGCUGUGAAGGAGGGUUUGGGCCGACAUGGCUGGCAACACUCUCCGGUUCAAAACGAACUAUGCUGUUUCCAGCAAGAUCGAGCCGUUCUACAAGGGGGGGAAAGUACAGAUAAGUAACGAUGAACAGUACAUCUUUUGCACUUGUGGGCCACGGGUCAACGUUUUGCAAAUUUCUACAGGCAAAAUUGUCCACAGUUUUGAACAGGAUGAUCAAGAAGAUAUUACCUCGUUCUCCCUCAGUCCAGAUGAUGAGGUACUGGUGACAGCCAGCAAGGCUCUGAUGCUGAAGCAGUGGGCCUGGAAGCAGGACAAGUGCACCCGCUCCUGGAGGGCCAUUCACAACGUGCCGGUGGCUAGCAUGGCUUUCGACUGCACCUCAACUCUGCUAGCCACAGGUGGUUGUGAUAGCACUAUAAAGAUAUGGGAUGUAGUGAAACAGUACUGCACACACAAUCUGAAAUGCUCAUCUGGUGUUGUUCACUUGGUUCAGUUCCAUCCGGACAUCAACCUGCUGCAGCUCUUCUCCUCGUCUGUGGACUGCGGCAUCUGCAUCUGGGACCUGCGCACCAGCAAGCGCGUCUGUGUUCUGGAGAGCCACUUCAGCCUGGUCACCUCUCUGGCCUUCUCCCUGGACGGCCACACUCUGAUCAGUUCUGGCCGUGACAAAAUCUGCACAGUGUGGGACCUGAAAGAGAGAACAGUGAAAAGGACCGUCCCUGUGUAUGAGGCUGUGGAGGGUGUCAUCGUUCUCCCCGAGAAUAAAGAUUACUCUCAGCUUGGAGUGAAAAGCCCUGAGCUGCACUUUGUCACUGCGGGCAGUAAAGGUGUGCUGAGGGUGUGGCACUGCAGCUCGGCGCGCUGCGUGUUCGCGCAGACCCCCACCGCCACCGCGCCUCUGGGCCUGGUGCACUGCCUGCUCAUGGCCCGCAGCGCACGGAUCGCCGCGGUCACCGCCGAGCACAACGUCCUGCUGUACCAGCUGCCCUACCUGAGCAUGCAGCAGCAGUUUGUGGGCUACAACGAUGAUGUCCUGGAUGUGAAGUUCCUGGGGAAAGAGGACACCCACAUAGUUGUGGCCACCAACAGCUCACAGCUGAAGGUGUUUGACCUGGCCACUAGCAGCUGCCAAAUCCUCUACGGACACACAGACACUGUCCUGUCUCUGGAUGUGUUCAAGAAAUGCUCCAUGUUUGCAAGCUGUGCCAAGGACAACUGUGUGAAAGUGUGGAGGAUGGACUCUGAGACGGGUAUCGUGCGGUGUGUGGCCCAGGGCCAGGGUCACUGCAAUGCUGUGGGCUCCGUUUCCUGUUCCAGGUUAAAGAAGAACUUCCUGGUAUCUGGGAGUCAGGACUGCACUAUUAAAGUGUGGGAUCUGCCUGCUGUGUUUCCCGCCGUUGGCAGUGAGCCAGCCAAGCUCAUCACUCGGAUAACGGAGAAGGCUCACGGCAAGGAUGUAAACAGCAUGGCGGUCUCGCCUAACGAUAAGCUGCUGGCGUCUGGCUCUCAGGACCGCACGGCUAAGCUGUGGUCCCUGGCAGACAUGAGCCUGCUCGGGGUCUUCCAGGGCCACCGCCGGGGCAUCUGGUGCGUCCAGUUCUCCCCAGUGGACCAAGUGCUGGCUACGGCCUCGGCCGACGGCACAGUCAAGCUCUGGGGUCUCCACGACUUCAGCUGCCUCAAGACGUUUGAAGGACACGAUGCCUCUGUGUUGAAGAUCAUUUUUGUCAGUCGAGGAACUCAGCUAGUUUCUGGCGGGUCUGAUGGCCUUGUGAAGCUCUGGACAAUCAAGACCAAUGAAUGCGUGAAGACGUUCGAUGCUCACCAGGACAAAGUGUGGGCUCUGCACAGCAGCAGCAGGGACGACCUAGUGGUGAGCGGCUCUGCCGACUCCACCAUCACCGUCUGGAAGGACAUCACGGAGGAGGAGCUGGCCGAGGAACAGUCUAAGCAGGAAGAUCAGAUCCUGAAGCAGCAGGAGCUGUCCAAUCUGCUCCACGAGAAGAAAUACCUGAAGGCCCUGGGUAUCGCCAUCUCCCUGGAUCAGCCCCACACUGCCCUGCAGGUCAUCAAAGAGAUCCGGCAGGCAGAGGAGGGCACCCGGCAGCUGGAGAAGACCCUGCUUCGACUCCGACAGGACCAGAAGGAGUCUCUGCUGCGCUACUGCGUGGUUUGGAACACGAACGCGCGGAACUGCCUGGACGCGCAGGCCGUGCUGCAGGUGCUGCUCACCCACCUGAGCCCAGAGGAGCUGCUACAGUUGCAGGGGGUGCGCACUCACCUGGAGGGCCUCAUCCCCUACACCGAAAGACACAUGCAGAGAGUGGGCCGUCUGCUCCAGGCCUCCAUGUUCCUGGAUUACAUGUGGCGGCAGAUGCGAGUGGCAGGAUGCGGGACCAGUGAGGAGCUGAGAGUGGAAGAGAUGGACACCAGUCCUCGGGAAUGUUUCAUAAUAGACAAGCGGCCCGAGCUGGAGAAACGUACUGUAACGACCCAUGGGCAGGAGGACGAGGACGACUACAGCCAGGAGUCGGUGGGGGCAAACGGCAGCAGAGACGUGUCCGAGGACGAAGAAAGCGUCGGUGCUGCUAAGGGCGCCAGCGCGCCUAGGCCAUGGCUCAGGAAAGAGAGCGGGCCAAACAGACCCAAAACCACGGGCCACGAGGUCCUCUCGGAGAGCUCGGAGGAGGAUGAUGAUGAUGAUGAUGUCAUGGAAAUUUCCACAAGAUGCCCGCCCACCCAGGUUGCAGCUCCCACUUCCUGCAUACUGACAGAGGCAAGUUAAUGGGCUCACUGGUCAGGAAGCCAUGAAGAAAGCCUUCAAGCCAUCCGUACACAGCACCCUAGACUGAACGAAUGGUUUGGCACUGCUGACUGAGGCUCUCGUUUCCCUCUAUGGACAGUGUGGCUGAACUUCACUAUCAUAACCCAAGAUCGGUUGCCUUGUCGUAAUGUAGAGAUGUGCACACCAUCUGUGUAAGAGACGCCCCUUUUAUACAGUGCUCAAACGUAAUUACAUGUUGACAAAUUUAUUUAGGGUUUGUUUUGUCAGAUUUUUAAUAAAGUAUCAUCUUUGUAAGCGUU